AAAGUCUGAAGGUCGUUUUUGUGGCGAGAAAAACAUGAAGUUAUUUGCUGAGAAAAAUAACAGAUUAACCUAAAUUUAUGCUAUAAGAAGUUUCACUUUCUAAAAUAAUGUCAGCGGAGUGUGAGAAAAUGACGUCUGAAAAGAGUCUAGAAGAGGAGCUGGGAGAGAUGAAAAGUGGAACUGAGAUAAGGCCAAGGUCUCCUGUAUCCAGCUGUGUGUCCUUUAAGAGCGACCACUCAAUGACACCCCCACUCGACUUUAAAGAGGGAACAGUCACUCAUGAAAGAAUCACAAAACAGAGCUCGAAAAUCAUCUGCAGAAAUUCACUGGAGUCCAUAUUUAAGGAGCUGGAGCACAAAUUUAUCACAUUAUUGAAAAACAACUUGAACAGAUUCAAGAAUCUACUUAGUGCUGAUUACCCAGCAUGCUCUAAGGAGGAGGAGGAGGAGGAGGAUUUGGACUGUGUUAGAGAGGGUGUGCUGAAGAUCACACUACACCUCCUGAAGAACAUGAAGCAGAAAGACCUCGCUCACAAACUGCAAAUCAAGCUGGCCUCUGUGUAUCAGCGGAAGCUCAAAUCCAAACUUCUAGAUAAAUGUAAAAGAAUUAAUGAAGGAGUCUCACAGCAUGGGACAUCAACACUUCUGAAUCAGAUCUACACAGAGCUCUACAUCACAGAAGUUGGGAGUGGAGACAUCAAUAAUGAACAUGAGGUGAGACAGCUUCAGACAGCGUCCAGGAGACCAGCAGUAGGGGAGACACCCAUCAAAUGUAAUGAGCUCUUUAAAGACAAGUCCAUCAGAAGUGUGCUGACUAAAGGAGUAGCUGGAAUUGGAAAAACCGUCUCUGUGCAGAAGUUCGUUCUGGACUGGGCUGAAGGGACAGUGAAUCAGGACGUCCUCUUCCUGUUUCCUCUUCCCUUCAGAGAACUGAACUUGAUGAAGCAGGAAAACUUUAGUCUGAUUACGCUUCUUCAUCAGUUUUUCCCUGAACUUAAGGACUUGGAAGUAAUAGACAGUAAUGUUUCCAAAGUUCUGUUCAUCUUUGAUGGUCUGGAUGAGUGUCGACUUCCUCUAAAUUUUCAGAAGAAUGAGAUGUUGUGUAAUGUGACAGAGUCAGUCUCAGUGGAUGUGCUGCUCACAAAUCUCAUCAAGGGGAACCUUCUUCCCUCUGCUCUUCUCUGGAUCACCACUCGACCAGCAGCAGCCAAUCAGAUCCCUCCUGAGUGUGUAGACCAGGUAACAGAGGUACGAGGGUUCAGUGAUCCUCAGAAAGAGGAGUACUUCAGGAAGAAGAUCAGUGAUCAGAGCUUGACCAAUAAAAUCAUCAGACACAUGAAGUCUUCCAGAAGCCUCUACAUCAUGUGUCACAUCCCAGUCUUCUGCUGGAUCUCAGCCACUGUUCUAGAGAGAAUGUUGGGUGAAGCAGAGAGUGGAGAGAUCCCCAAGACUCUGACUCAAAUGUUCACACACUUCCUGGUCUUUCAGAUCAAACACAUUGACCAAAAGUACCAUCAGAAAUGUGAUCUUGAUCUUCCCCAGACCAGAGAGAGUAUACUGACUUUAGGAAAACUGGCUUUCCAACAGCUGGAGAAAGGAAACCUGAUGUUCUAUGAGGAAGACCUGAGAGAGUGUGGCAUUGAUGUUAAAGAAGUGGCAGUGUACUCAGGAGUGUGUACUCAGAUCUUCAGAACCGAGUCUGGACUCCACCUGGGGAAGAUGUUCAGCUUUGUGCAUCUGAGUGUUCAGGAGUUUUUGGCUGCUUUAUACACAUUUCUCUGCUUCCUCAACAAAAAGACAACAAUAAAACAAACCACUGAUCUGUCUGGUCUUUUCAAUAAGUCAGAAAUGUCUGAGUUCCUCAAGAGUGCAGUGGACCAGGCCUUACAGAGUGAGAACGGACACUUGGACCUGUUCCUCCGCUUCCUUCUGGGUCUCUCAGUGGAGUCUAAUCAGAAGCUCAUUCGAGGUCUGCUGUCACACACAGGAAGCAGUUCUGACUACCAAAAGAACACAGUCGAGUACAUCAAGUUCAAGUUUGAACAAAAUCCAUCUCCAGAGAGAUUAAUUAAUCUGUUCUACUGUCUGAACGAGUUAAAUGAUGAUUCACUAGUAAAAGAGAUCCAAAGCUACAUGAGCUCAGGACGUCUCUCUGAAGCUGAACUCUCACCUGCUCAGUGGUCUGCUCUGGUCUUUGUGUUACUGACGUCAGAGGAGGAUCUGGAAGUGUUUGAGCUUCAAAAGUUCAUAAAGUCAAAAGAAUGCUUUAAGAGACUGCUGCCAGUCAUACAGGAAGCCACAACAGCUCUACUCAGUGAGUGUAACCUGACAGAGAGAAGCUGCUCGGCUUUACACACAGUUCUCAGCUCAGAAUCCUCCAAGCUGACUGAGGUGGAUCUGAGCAGGAAUCCUCUGGAGGACUCAGGAGUGAAGCUGCUUUGUGCUGGACUGAAGAGUCCAAACUGUAAACUGGAGACACUGAGGCUGAGUAAGAGCGGUAUUACAGAGAGAGGCUGUACUGAUCUGAUAUCAGCUCUUACUUCAAACCCUUCACACCUGACAGAGCUGGACCUGAGUGAGAACACCCUGGGAAAUGCAGGAGUGAAACAGAUCUCUACUCUACUAAAGAGAUCAUUGUGUAAACUCCAGAAACUUGUACUUUCAGACUGCAGUAUAACAGGUGAAGGAUACACUGCUCUGGUUAAAGCUCUGAUGUCAAACCCCUCAUCACACCUGAUAGAGCUGGACCUCAGAGGGAACGACCCUGGAACAUCAGGACUGAAGGAACUUAGGAAUUUGAUGAAAAAUACAAAAUGUAAACUGAAUACUUUGAGGUUGUUGAAAAGUCCUGAUGCACAGAGAGCUUGUGAUCAUCUGACUGGUGUUCUGGGUAUAAACCCCAUACUGCAGACGGAUCUGAAUCUGAGCGGGAAAAUAGACGGAGACUCAGGAGUAGAGCAACUCUGUGUUUUACUGAAGGAUCCACACUGCAGACCUGAAACACUUCAGCUGAGUAAGAGCGGUAUUACAGAGAGAGGCUGUACUGAUCUGAUAUCAGCUCUUACUUCAAACCCUUCACACCUGACAGAGCUGGACCUGAGUGAGAACACCCUGGGAAAUGCAGGAGUGGAACAGAUCUCUACUCUACUGAAGAGUUCAUCCUGUAAACUCCAGAAACUUGGACUUUCAGACUGCAGUAUAACAGAGGAAGGAUACACUCCUCUGGCUGAAGCUCUGAAAUCAUCUCGCCUGAUAGAGCUGGAUCUCAGAGGGAACGACCCUGGAGACUCAGGAGUGAAGCUGCUCACUGAUUUACUACAGGAUCCAGACAGUACACUGAACACACUGAGGUCAGGAAAACAAUGAACAAACAAACAAAUAAAAAACUCAACCAAUCAAUAAAUCCACAAUCUAGAUGCCCACUGACAAUGAUUUAAUUCUGCUGAAUAAUUUAAUUAAAAUUAUUCAGUUUCACUGUAUCACAUCGUAAUGUUAAAGGGUUCUGAAUAGAGUUUUGUAUUAAAUAAACCUAAACAAUAACACUACAG